UAUAAUCUCCCCGAGAUCAUCAACAAAGAUGAAUCUUCUCUUUCGCCAAGCUUUUUCAAAAGAAUGGAAAAUAUCCCACAAUCAAAGUUAUCUCCUCUUAAGAGAAGUUCAAGCCUUGAUGAUGGAUCUUCUCUCUCUAGAAACAAGAGUGGGAAUCAUCGGAACCCUUUAACCGCCGCCGUGAGCCACAAAAACAUGGAAGAAACCACAAACGCCAGCGAAUUCGAUUUACCAAAUAAGGAAGUUUCAUCGUCCGACAAAUUUCCCAUGGGAAAUUCCCUUCCCCGGAGUUUGAGUCAAACAUCUAGCCAUCGGUUCAUGGGAAAAUCUAUGUCUAGAAAAUAUUAUAGCCAAAAAGGGUCUUUAACGGAUUUGCAUUCCAUUGAUGAAGGAGGUCCUCCGGUAAAGGAGAAGAUUAUGUCGAGAAGUAUGACGAGUAGGCAAGGUACCGUGCCCAUUAUGUUUUCGAGCUCUAAUGGUUUGCUAAAACCAUUGGCUAUGGAGAAAACCCUAGAGUGCUCUCUCGAGGAAUUGUGCUUUGGAUGCGUCAAGAAGAUCUCGGUAUCCAGAGAUGCCAUUAACGAUAUCGGGUUCUUGACACAUGAGGAGGAACAACUUACCAUAAAAGUGCAACCAGGAUGGAAAAAAGGAACGAAAUUAACGUUUCCAGGGAUCGGAAACGAAAAAUUAGGGACAUGUCAAGCCGACAUAAUUCUAGUCAUAAUGGAGAAGAAGCACCCAAUGUAUGUUAGACGAGGAGGUGAUGAUUUGUUGAUGGAAUUCAAAAUACCACUAGUGGAUGCCCUCACUGGAUGCAUGAUCACGAUUGCAUUAUUAGGAGGAGAGGAGAUGAAAUUGAUGUUCGACGACGAGAUGAUAGAGACCGGUUUGGAGAAGGUCAUUGUCGGGCAAGGGAUGCCGAAAUCGAAGGAGCUCGGAAGAAGGGGAAACCUUGUGAUCCAUUUCGUGGUGGAUUUUCCCAAGGAGCUCACAGAUGAACAAAGGCACAAAGUUUGUAGUAUCUUAGAGAAUGUUUGUUAAUGAUUAUUUUGCCUUUCUUUUAUUCAAUAGAUUGUUUAGUCAACUAAUUGCAUGUAAAGUUUUGAGAUAAUAAAAUUAAAUGGUAGUGGACAAA